AUGAAAUGCACCCCAAAAGCCAGGACUUUCCAACCACGCAACCAUCAGCAAAUAAUACAAGAGAGGACAAAAGGUUUAUGUCAGACCAAAGCUUGCCAAAGGAUUGAAAUGAAGAGAAAUGAAGAUGAUGGUGAAAGGUUCAUAACAUUCUCUGAACGAAAAUCAGGUUUAAAGAAAGCUAACGAGCUGCAGGUCACUUUAAGUGGAGAUGGAAUUGGCAUACUGGUGUUUUCUCCAACUGGAAAGCCCUUCUCUUAUGGCCAUCCGUCCAUUGAAUCCAUUACAAAUAGGCGCCUGCGCCAUAGGAGUUUGCUUAGAGGUGUAUAUGAGAUUAAGAUUAGAGCUUCUGCUUUGUCCUUGCCUUCAACAAAUCCUGCUCAAGCAACAAAUCCAUUUGCAAGUUACAGGCAUGAAUACUUCUGAAAUGAAGAUGACCAUAAGAGAAAUUGCAACAUUUUUGUGAACAAAGUACUUGGCUCUGGCAAGAAAACUAGGGGCAGGCAAAAGAUUGAGAUGAAGAAGAUCGAAAAUGGGGAUGACAGGUUGAUCACAUUCUCAAAACGCAGAUCAGGGAUCUACAAGAAAGCAAGUGAGCUAGCUACUUUGUGUGGUGCUGAGAUUGCUUUUAUAGUUUUCUCACCAGCAGGUAAGCCCUUUUCAUAUGGUCACCCCUCUGUUGAAUCUGUUGUUAACCGCUAUCUUAACCAAAACCCCCCUCCAAAUGACAACACUCACCCUCUUGUGGAGGCUCACCGAAAGCUCAGAAUCAAUACUCUAGCCCAGCAGCACAAUGAGCUCGUUACCCAGCUGGAUGCAGAGAAAGAGAGAGGAAAGAAGCUCGACCAGCUGACCAGCGGGAAAGAAACUAAAGGCUGGUGGGAAGCUCCCAUUGAUCAACUUAACCAGCAGGAGCUUGAAAAACUGUAUUCAUCUUUUGCGGAGCUUCGCACCAGUCUCCAUAGCAAGAUGAAAGAGAAGAGUGCUGAAGCCACUUCGUCACAGCUUGCUCUAAUGAAUCCUGCUCAGCUGACCACUCCAUUUCCUUCCAAUCCAUUCCCUACCAAUCUAAAUGAGCAAGUUCCUGCUCAGCUGACCACUCCAUUUCCUACAAUUCCGUUCCCUACCAAUCUAAAUGAGCAAGUUCCUGCUCAGCUGACCACUCCAUUUCCUACCAAUCCGUUCCCUACCAAUCUAAAUGAGCAAGUUCCUGCUCAGCUGACCACUCCAUUUCCUACCAAUCCGUUCCCUACCAAUCUAAAUGAGCAAGUUCCUGGUUUCUUUCCUCCUGGCUUCGGCCCUGGUCGCCAGUAG